AGAUUAUACGUCUCUUGCCUGGCGCUGGACGGCCAAUGAAACGCUACUCAAGAGGACACUUUAUUGUGUCAACAAUACCCGAUAGGAGAAGGCAGAGUUCCGGAGCGAUGCGGCAUGUGUUGAUUUUCAACAACGAAAACUGAAUCGAGGAAUGGGAGCGUCGUACCAGCGGCCACACCACAACAUGACCCAACUUCAAACUCGUGGUGCGCACUAGCGGCGAUCGAAGGCGCGGAUAAGCUGAUGAUGAGUUUCCUGUAAAUUGUGUUGAUAAAACGCGUGGAUUGGACGGUAAUUGAUCGCGUAGUGAUGGCCACUCCGGUGCAUCCGGAGACCAGGAAAUUUACGCGCGGUCUGGGUAAACCUGGCACCGCGGCUGAACUCAGGCAAAGUGUGUCGGAGGUGGUGAGGACGUCGGUGCUGGUCGUAAAACCAAAGGUGAUCGAGCCGCUCGAUUAUGAAAAUGUGCUGGUGCAGAGGAAGACGCAGAUCCUUAGCGAUGUCCUCAGAGACAUGCUGCAGUUCCCCCUUGAGGACUUUGAGAUUUCAACAUUGAGGAGACAAGGAAGAACCCUGUACCCCACAGUGCCUGAAAAUGCAGAGAGGGAGGCCCAGAGUCUGUUCGUCCAAGAGUGCAUUAAGACCUACAAGUCAGACUGGCAUGUGGUCAACUACAAGUAUGAGGACUAUUCCGGGGAUUUCCGACAGCUUCCAAAUAAAGUGUCCAGGCCUGAUAAACUGGCUGUCCAUGUAUUUGAAGUGGAUGAAGAUGUCGACAAAGAUGAGGACACAGCCUCCUUAGGCUCCCAGAAAGGUGGAAUCACUAAACAGGGCUGGCUGUAUAAAGGAAACAUGAACAGUGCUAUCAGUGUCACCAUGAGGUCGUUCAAGAGGAGAUAUUUCCACCUGACUCAACUUGGAGAUGGUUCUUAUAACUUAAACUUCUACAAGGAUGAGAAGAUCUCCAAAGAGCCCAAAGGAACUAUUUUCUUGGACUCCUGUAUGGGUGUGAUUCAGAACAACAAGGUUCGAAGGUUUGCUUUCGAGCUUAAGAUGCAGGACAAGAGCACCUACCUGCUGGCUGCAGACAGCGAGGCGGAGAUGGAGGAAUGGAUCAACACGCUCAAUAAGAUCUUGCACAGUAGCUUUGAAAUCGCCAUGCAGGAGAAGAGAAAUGGAGACAUUCACGAUGAUGAUGAUCUUGGAAAGUCAGACAGCUCCUCUGGCAGUAUGGACAGCUUUCAGAGCACAAGAGAUAUAGAGUCUAGGAUGAAGAAUGAAACCAGACUGAAGCUGUUCACGCUGGAUCCGGACACACAGAAACUCGAUUUCUCAGGAAUAGAGCCAGACGUGAAGCAGUUUGAGGAGAAGUUUGGCAAGCGUGUGCUGGUGAACUGCAACGACCUCUCGUUUAAUUUGCAAAGCUGUGUGGCCGAGAACGAGGAAGGGCCAACAACAAACGUGGAGCCAUUCUACAUCACCCUGUCGCUGUUUGACAUCCAGAAUGGCAGAAAAAUCUCCUCUGAUUUCCACGUUGACCUAAACCACCCCUCUGUCAGGGGCAUGAUGCCCAAUAACAGCAGUCAGUAUAUGAACGGGGGAGGCGAUGGCCGACCCGACGGCCAGCGGCUGAUCCACGGGAUGCCAGAAGCAGCCAUGCAGUAUCCCAGACAGGGAGUGUUUUCCGUAACAUGCCCACACCCAGAUAUCUUCCUGGUGGCCCGCAUAGAGAAGGUGCUUCAGGGGGGUAUCAACCACUGUGCCGAGCCAUACAUGAAGAGUUCAGACUCCACCAAGGUGGCACAGAAGGUCCUGAAAAACGCCAAGCUGGCAUGCAGCCGGUUAGGCCAGUACAGGAUGCCUUUUGCCUGGGGAGCAAGACCUUUGUUCAAAGAUGCUUCAGGGACUCUUGACAAAACUGCUCGCUUCUCAGCUCUGUACAGACAAGACAGCAACAAACUGUCCAACGACGAUAUGCUCAAGCUGCUGGCUGAUUUCAGGAAGCCGGAGAAGAUGGCCAAGCUGCCUGUAAUCCUAGGAAACCUCGAUGUUACCAUUGACAACGGAGCCCCAGACUUGUCAAAUUGUGUUACCUCAUCCUACAUCCCUGUGAAGCAGUUUGAUGUCAGCGAGAAGAGCAACAUCUUCUUUGAAGUGGAGGAGUUUGUGCCGUGCAUUGCCAAAUGUUCUCAGCCUUUCACCAUCUACAACAAUCACCUCUAUGUCUACCCGAAGCACUUGAAAUACGACAGCCAAAAGUCAUUUGCGAAGGCUAGAAACAUAGCUGUCUGCAUCGAGUUCAGGGACUCGGAUGAGGAAGAGGCUGUUGCACUUAAGUGCAUCUACGGCCGGCCUGGAGGACCCUUGUUUACCAAAAAUGCCUUUGCCUCAGUGUUACAUCACCAGCAAAAUCCUGAAUUCUACGAUGAAUUUAAGAUUGAGUUGCCAACCCAGCUCCAUGAGAAGCAUCAUCUUCUCUUCACCUUCUAUCACGUCAGCUGCGAUAGCAACAGCAAGGCCAGCACCAAAAAGAGAGAGCAGGUUGAGAUGCAAGUUGGUUACGCCUGGCUCCCGUUGCUGAAGGACGGUCGGGUGAUCAUGAAUGAGAGUCAGAUCCCGGUUGCCGCCAACUUACCUGCCGGAUACCUCAGCUGUCAGGAGGGUGCCAGCAAGCAUUUGGGUCCUGAAGUGAAAUGGGUGGAUGGAGGAAAACCGUUAUUCAAAGUUUCCACCCACCUUGUGUCUACUGUCUACACUCAGGAUCAGCAUUUGCACAAUUUUUUCCAUUACUGUCAAAGCAUUGCAUCAGGCGCCCAGGCGUCAGGAGGAGAGCUGGUCAAAUACCUGAAGAGUCUGCACGCCAUGGAGAGUCACGUGAUGAUCAAGUUCCUGCCCACCAUCCUCAAUCAGCUGUUCAGGGUGCUAACCAGUGCCACCCAGGAAGACGUGGCAGUCAACGUCACCAGAGUCAUGAUUCACGUUGUGGCGCAGUGCCACGAGGAAGGUUUGGAGCACUACCUUAGAUCUUACGUGAAGUAUGUCUUCAAGACUGAGCCAUACACGUCCUCCACCACCCGAACGGUGCACGAGGAGUUGGCUAAAGCCAUGACUGCAAUCCUGAAGCCUUCCACUGACUUCCUCACAAGUAACAAGCUGCUCAAGUACUCCUGGUAUUUCUUCGAAGCCUUAGUCAAAUCCAUGGCUCAGUACUUGAUUGAGAGCUGUAAAGUAAAGCUGUCCAGGAACCAGCGCUUCUCUGCAUCGUUCCAUCACACUGUUGAGACCUUGGUCAACAUGAUCAUGCCACACAUCACUCAGAAAUACAAGGACAACCUAGAUGCUGCCCGGAAUGCCAACCACAGCUUGGCAGUCUUCAUCAAGCGUUGUUUCAACCUGAUGGACAGAGGCUUUGUGUUCAAGCAGAUCAACCACUAUAUCAACUGUUUUGUGCCUGGAGACCCAAAGACUCUGUUUGAGUUCAAGUUUGAGUUCCUGCGAGUCGUGUGCAACCACGAGCACUUCGUCCCCUUAAACCUGCCCAUGCCGUUUGGAAAGGGACGCAUUUUGAGAUUUCAAGACCUCCAGCUGGAUUACUCGCUGACGGAUGACUUCUGUAAGAACCACUUCCUGGUCGGACUGCUGCUCAGGGAAGCCAGCGCAGCUCUGCAGGAGUUCAGGGAGAUUCGUCAGAUUGCCAUCCAAGUGCUGAAGAGCCUCAUGAUGAAGCAUGCGUUUGAUGAUCGCUACACCUCAAAAAGCCAGCAGGCCAGGUUAGUCACCCUGUACUUGCCCUUGUUUGGUCUGCUCCAAGAAAACGUCAACAGGCUAAAUGUGAAGGAAGUGUCGCCGUUCACCGUCAACCACUGCACCAGUAAUGGAAGAGAUGAUUCUCUCCAUACCAACACUUUGAUGACACCUCCAAGGUCGAGCACCUUUCUGGACACCGGCUUCCACAAAGAUGUUUUUGGAGCCAUCUCCGGCACCGCUUCACCUCAUGCGGCGUCCACCCCCAACAUUAACUCUGUGCGCCACGCAGACUCUCGUGGAUCACUCAUCAGCACUGAUUCUGGGAACAGCCUGCCUGAGAGGAACAAUGACAAGGGCAGUUCCCUUGACAAGAACCAGCCUGCCUCGACCCUGGGAAGCCCGCUGUUGCGCUGUGAUAAACUGGACCAGGCAGAAAUCAAGAGCCUCCUCAUGUGUUUCUUACAUGUGCUCAAAAGCAUGUCUGAGGAUGCUCUGUUUACAUACUGGAACAAGGCAUCAUCUUCUGACCUGAUGGACUUCUUCACUUUAGUCGAAGUGUGCCUCCAUCAGUUCAGAUACAUGGGAAAGAGAUACAUUGCAAGGAACCAGGAUGGGGCAGGACCUGUUGCACAUGAGCGGAAGUCUCAGACUCUUCCUGUGUCCCGUAACAGGGCGGGAAUGAUGCAUGCCCGCUUACAGCAGCUCAGCAGCCUGGAUAACUCAUACACAUUUAACCACACCUACAGUCACUCGGAUGCUGACGUGUUAAAUCAGUCACUGCUGGAGGCCAACAUUGCCACUGAAGUCUGCUUGACCGUCCUGGACACACUCAGCAUCUUCAUCAUGAGUUUUAAGACACAGUUGUGUGCUGACCACGGCCACAGUCCACUGAUGAAGAAGGUGUUUGAUGUCCACCUCUGCUUCCUGCGGAUCAAUCAGUCAGAAACAGCCCUCAAGCAGGUCUUCACUUCACUGCGCACCUUUAUUUACAAGUUCCCGUGCACGUUUUUUGAAGGGCGUGCAGACAUGUGUGCUGCUUUCUGCUAUGAGAUAUUGAAAUGUUGCAACUCCAAGCUGAGCUCCAUUCGCAGCGACGCAGCCCAUCUGCUCUAUUUUCUCAUGAAGAGCAACUUUGACUACACUGGUCGCAAGUCCUUCGUCCGGACACAUUUACAGGUUGUGAUUGCUGUCAGUCAGCUGAUAGCAGAUGUCAUUGGUAUAGGAAGUACUCGCUUCCAGCAGUCUCUGUCAAUAAUCAACAACUGUGCUAACAGUGAUAAAACUAUCAAGAACACAGCUUUCCCGUCGGAUGUGAAAGACCUGACUAAACGCAUCAGAACAGUGUUGAUGGCCACAGCACAGAUGAAGGAGCAUGAGAGAGAUCCAGAGAUGCUGGUGGACCUGCAGUACAGUCUCGCAAAGUCUUAUGCCAGCACACCUGAGCUGCGCAAGACCUGGCUUGACAGCAUGGCCCGAAUCCAUGUUAAGAAUGGAGACCUGUCAGAGGCAGCCAUGUGCUAUGUUCACGUUGCAGCACUUGUAGCAGAAUACCUGCGGAGAAAAGGCAUGUUCAAGCAGGGCUGCUCGGCGUUUCGCGUUGUGACUCCAAACAUCGACGAAGAAGCCGCAAUGAUGGAGGACGUCGGAAUGCAAGACGUCCACUUUAAUGAAGACGUCUUAAUGGAGCUUCUGGAGGAGUGCGCAGAUGGGCUGUGGAAAGCGGAGCGUUACGAGCUCAUCUCUGACAUCUACAAGCUCAUUAUCCCCAUUUAUGAGAAGCGGAGGGACUUUGAGAAACUGGCUCACCUGUAUGACACGCUGCAUCGAGCGUACAGCAAGGUGACGGAGGUCAUGCAUACUGGGAAGAGGAUGCUGGGCACGUACUUCAGAGUGGCUUUCUUUGGCCAGGGCUUCUUUGAAGAUGAAGAUGGGAAGGAGUAUAUCUACAAAGAACCCAAAUUCACGCCUCUUUCAGAGAUUUCUCAGCGGCUCCUCAAGUUAUACUCUGAUAAGUUUGGUCAGGAGAAUGUGAAGAUGAUUCAGGACUCUGGGCGGAUCAACCCCAAGGACCUGGACUCAAAGUACGCGUACAUCCAAGUGACACACGUGACUCCAUACCUGGAGGAGAAGGAGCUGGUCGACAGGAAAACGGACUUUGAAAAGAGCCACAACAUCCGUCGAUUUGUGUUCGAGAUGCCUUUCACCAUUUCGGGCAAAAAGCAAGGCGGUGUGGAGGAGCAGUGCAAACGCAGGACUAUACUUACCACCACUCAUUGUUUUCCGUAUGUAAAGAAACGGAUCGCGGUGAUGUAUCAACACCAUACUGAUCUGAGCCCCAUCGAGGUUGCCAUCGACGAGAUGAGCAAGAAGGUGGCUGAGAUCAAACAGCUGUGCUCCUCCAGCGAGGUGGACAUGAUCCGUCUGCAGCUCAAACUGCAGGGCAGCAUCAGCGUCCAGGUAAAUGCAGGACCUCUCGCGUAUGCCAGAGCUUUUCUCGAUGAUACAUGUGCCAAGAAAUAUCCUGAUAACAAGGUGAAACAGUUGAAAGAGGUCUUCAGGCAUUUUGUGGAUGCGUGUGGCCACGGUUUGGGCAUUAAUGAACGACUGAUCAAAGAGGACCAGCAGGAGUACCACGACGAGAUGAAGGCCAACUACAGAGAACUAGCCAGAGAGCUGUCCAUCAUCAUGCACGAACAAAUCAUUCCAGUGGAGGAUGGCAUGAAAAGCGUUCUCCCAGACUCGCUUCACAUCUUUAAUGCCAUCAGUGGCACACCAACCAGUGCCACCAUCCAGGGCAUUCCCAGCUCAUCCUCUGUGGUUUGAUGUCAGCCUGGGUGAAACUCAGAGCUGCCUAAGCUUGCCAACGCAGGCUUGCCAGUGAUGCCAUAUUAUCACUCCAGAACUUAAUCCUGCUUCUCAGCCUAGAAAGAAACUGAUGGGAAAAACAGACAAGUCUCAUUUUUCUAUUUUCUGUCUGGCCACCGAAGACCAAUAUGAGCAAGGCACUGGACCUAUUUAACAUGGAUGAGGGGGCAUGGUGGCUGUGUGAUGGAGGUCGGGGGAGGACAAAGAUGAGACUCUGUGCAGCAGAGAUGACAGGACACGGACUUUGUUCCUCCUUUAUGAUGACGUGAUGCUUGAUAAGACAUAACCUGUCUUGUCCUUACCUGUUUCCACCUGAAAAGACUGAGCAGUGUUUUCUUUAAAAACAUUCCUGUUGGGAUUUUUUUUAAUAUGCAUGUCACUACAUUACACCUACACUCUCCCAACAGUCCACUUUUGUUUAUUUUGAUAAUGUUUCACAAUGUUUUUUUAUGGACAAUAUUUCACUUUUAUAAGCCACUGUAUUGAUGUCUUGAUUAAUGGUAUAUGCUGCAUACAUCAACGCUCCUCUCCCUGUACAUGAAGGUAUAUUUCUAGAAAAAUGCAAUUUUGGAAUAAGGGCCUGCUACGAUGUAACAUUAGCGUUCAACCUUAAAUCACUUUGAUGUCUUAGAAUGGGAGAGUUUUAAAGUAUUUAAAGCCAUUGCAUACAAAAAGGUAUAUUCCAAGUUGUGUAUUAAUGUGUAUAUAAAACAAGGAGUGUGUGCAAUAUUUGCAAAGUAUCUUGCUGUGUGCGGCUCAUACACUGUAAAGAUUACGUUCACCUUCUUGCCAAAGCGAUGAGGUGUGGGGAAAGGACGCCUACUGUGCAAGUAAUAUGAAAAUUUUAUCAUUUUAUGUUCCAGAAAUUGUCUUUUAUUUGGGCAGAAAUGUUUUUUGUUUUUUUUUUAACUUUAUUUAACACAAGUCACUGUUCUGCUGUAAACAAAGACAUUUCCUAAUGCUUUUAAAUAAAAUACACUCAUUUCUCUGCAUUUGCAUCCAUAGGUCCUUCUUUGUUUUACUUGGUUCAUUUUGUGGUAUUCUCGCACUUGGCUUACUUGUGAAAUAAGUGGAAAAUAAACCGUAUUAUUCUCAGG